GAUAAAAGCUCGGAGCGGGGCGCCCCGCCGAAGCCGCUGCCUCCCGGGAGCCGGCCGUGCGCUCCGGCCCCGAGCCCGCCCGCUGCUCGCGGGCUCCCGUAACAGGAUAAAAGAAGACUGGAAACAUGUCGGAGUUUUGGUUGAUUUCUGCCCCUGGCGAUAAGGAAAAUUUACAAGCGCUGGAGAGGAUGCACACGGUCACCUCCAAGUCCAACCUGUCGUAUAACACCAAAUUCACCAUUCCCGACUUCAAGGUGGGGACUUUGGAUUCCCUUGUUGGUCUCUCUGAUGAGUUGGGGAAACUCGAUGCCUUUGCUGAAAGCCUCAUAAAGAGAAUGGCCCAGAGCGUGGUGGAAGUGAUGGAAGAUGCGAAGGGGAAGGUCCAGGAGAACCUUCUGGCCAACGGAGCUGACUUAACCUCCUUCGUGACCCACUUCGAGUGGGACAUGGCCAAGUAUCCUGCCAAGCAGCCGCUGGUGAGCGUGGUGGACACUCUGGCAAAGCAACUGGCACAGAUUGAGACGGACCUCAAGUCCCGAACCGCCGCCUACAACACUCUGAAGACAAACCUGGAGAAUCUGGAGAAGAAAUCCAUGGGAAACCUCUUCACUCGGACGCUGAGCGACAUUGUGAGCAAAGACGACUUCGUGUUGGAUUCGGAGUAUCUGAUCACACUGCUGGUCAUUGUCCCCAAACCGAGCUACUCACAAUGGCAAAAAACCUACGAAUCCCUCUCGGACAUGGUGGUCCCUCGGUCAACCAAACUGAUUGCGGAGGACAACGAGGGCGGCCUCUUCACCGUGACUCUGUUUCGAAAAGUGAUUGAUGAUUUCAAAACCAAAGCCAAAGAGAACAAAUUCACUGUCCGUGAAUUUUACUAUGACGAAAACGAAGUUAAAAGGGAGAGAGAAGAGAUGACGAGAUUGCUGUCGGAUAAGAAGCAACAAUAUCAAACUUCCUGUGUUGCUCUUAAAAAGGGAUCCUCCACCUUCCCGGACCACAGGGUCAAGGUAACCCCGCUAGGUAACCCCGAUAGGCCCGCUGCGGGGCAGACGGACAGAGAGAGAGAGAGUGAGGGCGAGGGUGAGGGCCCUCUGCUCCGGUGGCUCAAGGUGAAUUUCAGCGAAGCCUUUAUCGCCUGGAUCCACAUCAAGGCCCUGAGAGUGUUUGUGGAGUCUGUGCUCAGGUAUGGACUGCCGGUGAACUUCCAGGCAGUGCUCCUGCAGCCUCAUAAGAAGUCAUCCACCAAACGUCUACGAGAGGUUCUGAACUCCGUCUUCAGACACCUGGAUCAGGUAGCAGCUGCGAGUAUACUGGAUGCGUCUGUGGAGAUCCCUGGCUUGCAGCUCAGCAACCAAGACUACUUUCCUUACGUCUAUUUCCACAUCGACCUGAGCCUCUUCGACUAGGCCGGCGACGAGCUGGCACCGCCAGCCCUGCACCUUCCCGCGGUCCCCGGGCGCCUCCUUGCUUCCGCCAGAGAACAGUCUAAACAGCCUACAGAACUGAGAUGUCGAGAGAAACUGCUCACGAAAAUCAGUAACAGUCGUAUUUAUUUUUUUUUAAGUUCACAAUAAAGAGAUGUUCUCAGUC